CCCCACCACCUUCCCUCACGACCUGACACGUUCUGAUACGCUCUAAGCAUCAUGGCCGUUGUCGGUAUCGAUUUUGGUACUCUGCAUUCUAAGAUUGGUGUCGCAAGGCACCGUGGCAUAGACAUUAUCACGAACGAGGUCUCGAAUCGUGCUACACCAUCCCUCGUUUCUUUCGGUUCCAAGCAGCGCUCUAUCGGUGAGGCUGCGAAGACUUUAGAAACCUCUAACUUCCGUAACACUGUCGGAUCUCUGAAACGGCUCAUCGGAAGAACAAUCUCUGACCCCGAGAUUGAGGAGGUCGAGCGGAAAUUCACCCAUGUAAACCUUGUUGAUGUCGGCGGGACUGUCGGUGCACAGCUUCAAUACGUCGGCGAACAGCACACAUUCUCUGCUACCCAGCUUACCGCCGCGUACUUCGGCAAGCUUCGCGAUAUUGCCUCCAAUGAGCUCAAGGCGAGUGUGAGCGACGUCGUCAUUACCGUUCCUGGCUGGUACACCGACUCGCAGAGGCGAGCCGUACUUGAUGCGGCUUCCAUUGCCAACCUCAACGUUCUUCGCUUGAUCAACGACCACACCGCUGUUGCCCUUGGCUGGGGUAUCACAAAAUCUGACCUCCCAGACCCCGAAAACCCGCGCCACAUUGUUUUCGUCGAUGUCGGACACUCGCAGAUGUCGGUCUCUGUUGUCGCCUUUGCCAAGGGUCAGCUUACAGUCAAGGCUGCUGCUUACGAGAGGCAUGUAGGCGGUCGCGAUAUUGACUACGCUCUUGUGCGGCACUUUGCUGAAGAGUUCAAGACCAAGUAUAAGAUUGACGUCCUCUCCAACCCGAAAGCGACCUUCCGUCUCGCGGCAGGGUGCGACAAGAUCAAGAAGGUACUUUCUGCGAACGCGGAGGCGCCCCUCAAUGUCGAGUCGAUCAUGAACGAUGUUGACGUUUCGAGCCGCCUCACUCGCGAGGAAUACGAGCGGCUCAUUGACAGUGUGCUCGAGCGUGUAACUGCUCCUGUCGAGCAGGCUCUCGCGGAUUCUGGUCUGAUCCUAGACCAAAUUGACGCGAUCGAGCUCAUCGGCGGCUGUACUCGUAUCCCUGCUGUCCGCAACAAGAUCCAGGCGGUCUUCCAAGGCAGGCCACUCUCAACCACCCUCAACCAGGACGAGGCUGCCGCUCGUGGUGCAACCCUCUCGUGCGCAAUGCUCUCUCCCACCUUCCGCGUCCGCGAUUUCGUCAUUCACGACAUCACGCCGUACUCUAUCAAAGUCAAGUGGGACAAACAGCCCAGCGAACCCGAUGAGGAUACUGAGCUUGUCGUGUUCCCGAAGGGCAACAGCAUCCCGUCGACUAAAGCGCUGACGUUCUAUCGCAACGGAGCGUUCGACCUGCAGGCUGAGUACUUGGAGCCCGAUAAGCUGCCUGGCGGUAUCAACCCGUGGGUCGCACGCUUCACGUGCAAGGAGGUGCCGGCGAACCCGAACGGCGACCUCACCAUCGUGAAGGUCAAGACGCGCCUGAACCUGCAUGGUGUUACCUCCUUCGAGUCCGCGUACACUGAGGAGCUCGAGGAGAAGGAUGAGAUGGUUGUCGAUGGCGCGGAGGAGCCGCCGAAGAAGAAGAAGGUGCUGAAGAAGAGCCCGGUGCCGUUCGUCUGGCACUCCACGAGCCUGGACUCGACGGUCCUUGAGCAGUACAGGCAGCAGGAGGCGGAGAUGUGGGCGGCGGACAAGCUGAUCGCGGACACCGAAGACAGGAAGAACGCGCUUGAGGAGUACAUCUACGACAUGCGCGGCAAGGUGGACGACCGCUACGCUUUGUACGUGCAGGCCGAGGAGAAGGAGAAGCUGUUGGCGGCGCUCUCGAAGGCCGAGGAGUGGCUGUACUCGGAGGAGGGCGAGGAUGCGACGAAGUCCGUGUACGUCGAGAAGCUGGACGCUCUCAAGGUGGCCGGCGAUCCGAUCACGUUCCGCUACAAGGAGGCGGAGGAACGGUCAAAGGUGGUGAGCCAGCUACGCGAGACCAUCAACCAGUACAUGUCGCAGGCGCAGUCCACGGACGAGAAGUACUCGCACAUCGAGGAGAAGGACAAGCAGGCCGUCGUCGAGAAGUGUGCGACAAUCCAGCAGUGGCUCGAGGACCAAAUCGCUCGGCAGUCUGAGCGGCCGAAGAAUGUUGAGCCGGUCCUCAAGUCGGCAGACGUCCUCAAGAAGCGCGACGACAUCAUCUACUUUGCGACGCCGAUCCUCACCCGUCCCAAACCCAAGCCUCCAAAGACCGAUCAGCCUGCGAGCGGCCAGCAGACCCCUAAGCCUGAAGGUCAGGGCCAGCCCCAGCCCGAAAACCAGCAACAGCCGACGCAGGACAACGACCAGGACAACGGUCCCCCAGAGAUGGACAUCGACUAAUCAUCCGUUGAAAAUAAUGUGUCAAGUAGACGGGAACGCAUCGAAUGCGAUGUAUCAUACGAUUGAAUGGAAUGUUAAGUAGAGGUUGUUGUACCAUUGUGGACGACUUGAUGGAGCUCGAGUGUGACGUAGGCCCGUCCGUUUAGGCGAAGUAGUUUGAUCCUUUACUCGUUUACUGUCCUUUUCAGGUGGUGGCCUCCAGCUUGACCAACGAUGCGAUGUCUUACUUCUCU